AUGCGAGCUCUGACACUUUUGCGGCUGCGACGUCCUCAUAUGAGCCUGUCCCUCGAUAUAUUCAAAAGACAGUUAUCCAUUAUAUCUCGAGGAACCCCCAUUUCAAAAGAGGAGCUAUUCGAAUACACAAAUGGGAGAUUUCUUUCCGAGGAAGAAAACCAGCUAGCAAAGCGCUAUGUUCGUUUUGACGUCGACCGGUUGUGCGAUGUGGUAACCAACAUCCCCGGGACUGGGACAUCGCAGAUCUCGAAAAUAGAGAAGAUGGAGGGUGGAUUCAGCAAAGCCCUUCUUGUGACAACCCUGGAUAAAUCUGAAUACGUCGUUAAAAUCCCGUGUCCGAAUGCAGGAAGGCCUAUGUACUGCACGUCAUCUGAAGUUGCCGUCUUGGACUACGUCAGGACAUGGACCACAAUUCCCGUGCCAAAGGUCUUAGCAUGGAGUGCCGAUCCAACUAACCCAGUAGGUGCGGAGUAUAUUGUGAUGGAGCGAGUUCCUGGAGUCCAGAUGUUCAAGAAAUGGAAUGUGAUGGGAGAAAGCAACCGCAUGGCAAUCAUUAAACGUCUCACGCAAUGGGAGAGUGAGCUUGCUGAGAUCUCAUUUCCAGCGUCUGGUAAUCUAUAUCACAAAAGCUCUCUGAGCGACCAUGAGGUGAUCUCGUUGGAUCCAUCUGUGGAUCCUGAGGGUCUAUUUUGCGUUGGUCCUUCGUGUGAUUCUGCCUGGCCCGUACAGCAGGGUGAUAAUAUUCACUGUGGUCCUUGGAGAACAAUCGGUGACUUGGGCGAAUCUCUUAUCAACCGCUCACUUCUCAAAUCUCAACACCAUCUCAAUCCAAAACUACCGACUUCUCUAAAUGCUUCCUCGGAGGAGCAUUUGAUAACCCUAGGUACAGCAAAGGAAAUCAUGUCAGCAGUGGCAAACAAUCCCAAGCUGUUACCUCAUUCUCAGCCUACAUUGUGGCAUACCGAUCUUCACAUGGGAAAUAUCUUUGUCGAUGAAGAUGACCCAUCUCAGAUCACUGGUUUCAUUGACUGGCAACAUACUUCUAUCAGUCCCCUGUUUCUGCAGGUUAGAUGGCCCGUCUUUUUAACGCCACCAGAAGACUACCAAGAAGGCCAGGUAUUACCUCAGCUUCCACCUGGCUAUGAAAAUAUGGACGCCGAGGACAAGGAAAUUGCUUUAUACACCCAGAAAAAGGCUACUUGGACAAAAGCAUAUGAGGUAGCAACCCUCUUGAAUGACAGAAAAGCAUGGAGGGCGAUGCAAGUUCCUUUGGCUCUAAAGGAACUAUUCCGCCGCUGUGGUGAUACUUGGGAUGAGGGAGUCCUUCCGCUCCGGGAAACGUUGAUUGAACUUUUUCGCAGUCAGCGAGACCUCGGAUUCGAAGCUGAUAUACCGCUUCACUUCAAUGACGAGCAGAUCGCCGCACACACGAAGGAGUUUCAGGCAUAUGAUGAAUGGCACGAGAUACGCAGCCUCGUUAAGCGAAUGCUUGAUACCGAUGAUGAUGGUUGGAUUCCUCCAGAGCGAGAUUUCACCGAGAUGAAGACUCGGAAUAAGAUGUUGUUCGACUACUAUGUUUCCGGGACGGAUCUUAACAAAACCGCAAUGGAAGUCCGGAACCUAUGGCCAUUUCCUGCAGAUACAUGA